AUGUCUGAAACAACACCACCGACACCCGAAAACGGCGACACAUCUCAGCAAUGGCUGGCCGACUUUAGCAGCAUCAGCAAAGACGACAUGGUCCGAGGAGGGACGCCGGCGGACAUCGAGGCGCGCUGUCUCUCCCUCGUACAGUCGUACAUUGGCGGCAGCUGGGCGAAUGCCACUUCACCGGCCGACAUCACCGUACGGCGAAUCUCCGGCGGUUUCACCAAUCAGCUGUACCACGUACAGCUGAAGGAGUCAGUUCCUAAAGCUGAAAACCCCAUCUACCAAGAGGAGGAGGAACCCACCGAGGUGGCCAUCAAGCUGUACCAGUCGAAGCACAUCAAGAACUACCACCCCGACGACCCGGAGCGCCUCAACGACACCGUCGUCCUCAAUGUGAUGAGUCAGACGGGCCUGGGCCCCAAAGUGUACGGCAUCUUCGCCGACGGCUUCAUUCAGGCCUACCACCAACAUGAGCAGUUCCGAGGGCGGCACAUGGAGCAGCCGGCGCUUCGCCGCCAGCUAAUGACCCUCCUGGCGAACAUUGCCCACCUGCAGGUGCCCAUUCGCAAGGAGCCCGACCUGAUUCUGCAGUGGUGCCGCGACUUUAUCUCCUACGGCUACGAGCACUUUGACGUUUUGGCGCUGGCAAAGGAGCUCAAGCUGAAGUACCUCUCAACGGUGGACGUACUGGUGGAGUUUGACGCCCUGGUCGUCCGGAUCAAAGCCUUAAAGUCGCCUCUAGUGUUUGCGCACAACGACUUCCGAGGCUCGAAUCUGCUAGUGACCCAAGGUAAAGAUAAGACGGAAAUCUUUGCCUGCGACCUGGAGCACGCCGGCUACGGCUCUCGAGGCUACGACCUGGCGACCAUCUUCUGGGAGUGGGGCCAGAAGGAGGUGCUGGACAUGACCGCCCCGCCGCCCACUGAUGAGAACCUCACUGACCUUCUGACCACCUACAUUGAAUGCUGCGACGAGGUGUCGCCCGGGUACUCCAGCAGGCCGGAAAAUAGCCUAGAAGCUCAUGCCAGAGAGGUGAAGCUGAACAACCUCUUCAACGUGCUCUUCUUUGCCGGCUUUCUCAUCGGCCAGAAGGAGGUGCUCAUCGCGACGAUGCCCAUUGACCGGAAGAAGAACCUGGCAUUUGCCGAGACGAUGUUUGAGCGCUUUUUGCAAUCAAAAGCAAUCGCCAUUGAGAAGGGCUGGUAUUAG